CAAUAGACGAUUACAAAGCCAGCAAAGAGGAAUGGAGGCUUUUUCUGAGGCACAACCUCGUGGAGGACCUCAAGCCCUGGAGAGCGCGGGCACCGCUCAAGACGGCCAACGUGCUGGCCAUGCACAACUAUUACAUGCAGGAGAUGAACCCGGCUACGCUCAAGCUGGUGCUCAUCUAUAACAACACGCUGUACUGGCCACCAAGCGAUUUGAAGGGGCCGCCGCAGCGUGAGCCGCCCAACCCCGCCAGCCCCUACAAAGUGUUUUUCCAGACCUAUCUGGCGGAUGCCAUAGCAGCGGGGCUCAAACUGCCAGAUGUGCUCUUCAACUAUAACAGGUGACACCGGCGAUGAUAACAUUAUGCGCUUGGGCGACCCCCGCCGGCCCCUGACAGUGCCGCCCCUGAGCUUUGUCAAGACGCGGGGGCAGCCCGGUGGCGAGGACUUGGAUAUCCUGGUUCCCCAGUUGCUGUACUUGCCGCGUGCACUGUACAACUCUCCGUGGGAGACCAAGAAGGACAUUGCCUUCUUCCGCGGCAAGUACACGUGCAGUCACAUGUGGGAGCAGCUGUACGGGCUGCGGGACGCCUGCCCGCGCAACGCACUGGCAUACAUGUCGGAGCGCGACCGGCGGGCCGGCAACGCCACGGCCCUGGACGUUGGGCUGACGCAGACGCUGCCCGAGACAAGGCCCGAGUCAUCCAUACCGUACCGCCUGGGGGAGCAUCCCCAGCUGGACCUACCGAUUGUGCCCAAGGUGUCCAUUGGUCGGCACGCACCGCACAAGUGGCUGUUGAAUCUGGAGGGCAUGGUGUGCGCCUAUCGGUUGAGUCAGCUCAUGGCGGUCAACUCGCUGAUACUGCACCAGCGCACGCCGUAUUUUGAGUAUUUUUACCGGUCAAUCCGUCCCGGGCAGCACUUCUUGGAGUUCUGGAACACAACGGUUCGUGCUGAUGGCGGCCGCGGCGGCUCAAGGUUGCUGGGCAUUGAGGAGGAUGUCUACGGCGCGGUGGAGGCGGCGCGGGCCCUGGAGCAGACGAGCCCAGGACGCAUACAUGGCAUGGUUCGUAACUCGCAGCAAUUUGCCGCAAAGCUGCUGACGCUGCGAAUGAGGAUGCGUUACUACCGCGCAGCCUUGCUCGGAUACAAGGCGCUGUUCCCAGACAUGGAUGAGUACAUCACACGCUACAUCGCAGCAGCGCGCAAGCACGGCUUUUUGGGCUGAGCUCCCCAGGAGCAACGCGAAUCCGAGGCGAAGCCCCCCAAGGAUUACCCCUGUCUGUGUGUGCGAGCGUCUGAGCAAGGAAAGAGGAAUGAGGGGCAACGGAGGGGCAUGGUUGGCCGGGGCUGCGCCAGACAAGAAUUGCAGAAACCCAUCAUUAUGCUUUUCGCUUGUUGCGCAGGGGUUGUACGGGGAUGCGCUCGUGUGUGUGGGACUGUGGGUAGAUGUGGGCGGGGCUUUAUAGUUUGCCGAUGGUAAGAAGUGGUGUCGCUGCUUGGUCAUGCUUUUGGUCCUAGUCAACCUGCGUGGAGGGCUAGGCGCAGACACCUAAUGCUUGAGCUCCUCUACGGAUUGAACUCAUCGUGGCGCCAAGGUGCGGACCCCUGCGUGGCGGCGUGGCGGGACAAUGGAAGGGCCUCCCUGUGCGCAGAACGCGAAGGAGGUAGGUAGGCAUGCACACGUGAAUCAACAUCGUGCGAUGUCGCAUUAAACGGGACCAGGAGCGGAUGCCGUAUUGUUGGUUACAGCGGUGGACCUACCAGCCUGAGGGGUUUGUGGAGCUGCGACUGGAUUGGAGCUGUGGCUGCCUCGAUGGCCCUUGCCGUGGCCAGGCGCCCUAGAUGCAACUCUCUCGAUGGCGGUAUUGCCUCCGACAGACCGUUCACUGUAGACCCGCAGGAUGGA